CGGAUGGAGGAACAUGUCGCCUUGGUUUAAAACUCAAUGUGAAAAAUAGUUUUAAAAACAAAAUAGCCUUAACUAGUACACAUUUAACAUUAGUGGACGUACUUUCAUGUGUUUAACUCCCCCCGAAACACCACCUGUGUCGGUUUGAAAUUGGGUUGCGCUGAAACUGAAGUGAAAUAUUCCUACAGCACGUGAAGGCAGACCUCGCCGACGUCACUUUGAAUGAAAAAGAAGCGCUCAGCUGUAGUGCAGGCAGAGGGGAGGCGUGCGGUCUGUCAGGAGCACCCUAGCAGAAACACCAGUGACCACUUGUCAAAAGCUUUGAAGAAAUAAGGACCUUUCAGAAAUCGGUCGGGACAACACUUAGUUGUGGCUGUGUGGUUUGUUUCCCUAUUAUGGCUGACCAUCUUUUACAUUAUAAUGACUCAGCUGGGGUCGGGAACCGAUUCGCCCGCAAAGGUGCUUUGCGGCAGAAAAAUGUGCAUGAAGUGAAGAACCAUAAAUUUACUGCGAGGUUUUUCAAGCAGCCGACGUUCUGCAGCCAUUGUACAGACUUCAUAUGGGGAUUUGGAAAACAAGGAUUUCAAUGCCAAGUGUGCUGUUUUGUGGUUCACAAACGGUGCCAUGAGUUUGUCACCUUUUCCUGUCCCGGAGCCGACAAGGGUCCUGACACAGACGACCCCAGAAGCAAGCACAAGUUCAAGAUCCAUUCGUACGGCAGUCCCACCUUCUGUGACCACUGUGGUUCGCUGCUGUACGGGCUCAUCCACCAAGGGAUGAAAUGUGACACCUGCGACAUGAAUGUGCACAAGCAGUGUGUGGUCAACGUGCCAAGCCUGUGUGGGAUGGACCACACGGAGCGUCGGGGUCGCCUCUUUCUCAAGAUCGAGGUCAGCUUGGACAGGCUACACGUCACAGUGGGUGAAGCCAGGAACCUGAUUCCUAUGGAUCCAAAUGGUUUAUCAGACCCCUAUGUUAAACUCAAGCUCACCCCCGACCCAAAGAAUGAGACCAAACAGAAGACCAGGACCAUCCGUUCCUCUCUCAACCCCUGCUGGAACGAGUCCUUCACCUUUAAGCUGAAAGCGUCAGAUAAGGACCGCCGUCUGUCCAUUGAGGUGUGGGAUUGGGACCGAACCACCCGGAACGACUUCAUGGGCUCCAUGUCGUUUGGCGUGUCCGAGCUGAUCAAAGCUCCCAACUGUGGAUGGUACAAGUUGCUGAACCAGGAGGAGGGAGAGUAUUACAACGUUCCCAUCCCCGAGGUGGACGACAUCAACCUGGAGCUCCGACAGAAGUUUGAGGCCUGCCAGUUAAAUAUCCACUAUCUCAAGAAAGCAAAGCUGGGCCACGGUAAGAAAGUGAUCACGCCUUCAGACCACCGGCGGUUCAGCCUGCCUUCAGGUAACAUGGACCGGGUCCGACUGAGUGACUUCAACUUCCUGGCACUGCUGGGGAAGGGCAGCUUUGGCAAGGUAAUGCUGGCAGAGAUGAAGUCAACAGAGGAGCUGUACGCCGUCAAGAUCCUGAAGAAAGACGUUGUGAUCCAGGAUGACGAUGUCGAAUGUACGAUGGUGGAGAAGAGGGUCUUGGCCCAGAGAGACAAACCGCCCUUCCUCACGCAGCUCCACUCCUGCUUCCAGACUGUGGAUCGGCUGUACUUUGUGAUGGAGUACAUCAACGGGGGAGACCUUAUGUAUCAUAUCCAACGUAUGGGCAAAUUCAAGGAGCCACAGGCAGUGUUUUAUGCUGCAGAGAUUGCUGUCGGUUUGUUUUUCUUACACCGAAAGGGAAUCAUCUACAGGGAUCUGAAGCUCGACAACGUGAUGCUGGACUCCGAGGGCCACAUCAAGAUUGCUGACUUUGGCAUGUGUAAGGAGAACAUGUAUGAAGGCAUGACCACGCGCACUUUCUGUGGCACCCCGGACUACAUCGCACCAGAGAUUAUAGCAUACCAGCCUUAUGGAAAAUCAGUGGACUGGUGGGCUUAUGGAGUUCUUCUGUAUGAGAUGCUGGCAGGACAGCCACCGUUUGAUGGAGAGGAUGAAGAUGAGCUGUUCCAGUCCAUCAUGGAGCACAACGUGUCCUACCCCAAGUCUAUGUCUAAAGAAGCUGUGUCCAUCUGCAAGGGACUGAUGACCAAGCACCCGUCAAAGCGUCUCGGCUGUGGCCCAGAGGGGGAGAGGGACAUCAGGGAGCAGGCCUUCUUCAGACGCAUCGACUGGGAACGCCUGGCAAACAGAGAGAUCCAGCCGCCAUUUAAACCCAAAGUGUGUGGCAAAGGAGCGGAAAACUUCGACAAGUUUUUCACUCGUGCGCAGCCUGUGCUGACCCCUCCUGACCAGCUGGUCAUCGCCAACAUCGACCAGAGCGAGUUUGCAGGCUUCUCCUACAUGAACCCUCAGUUCAUCCAUCCAUCACUGCACAGUGUGGUAUGAGGAGAGAGCAGAAAACACAAAAGCAUGGACUGUCGCUGACUACAGGAUCCUUCCAAACUCCAACAAACGUACCGCUGUCAAAAGACUCAUAUCACCCUCUACAGUAUUCUGUCUACUAGUUAUCAAUAUCUGUGUACAGACAUGACUGAGGAGAGUGGAGCAAAGUGUUAAAACAAUGUUUGUGGGUGAGAAAAAGUACAUGGCACUGAUGUUUUUUGUUCUUUUGCAUAAUUUCCCAAAACAUCUCAUAAUGUGUUCUUUACUCUGAAUCUGUAUCUGCGUUUCUCCAAACCUGCAGCCUUUUCUCUUGUGUAUGAAUGUGUCUAUCAGUUACUGUCUCAUUAGGUAUUAAAGAUGCAAGUUUUCCUUCUCAUCCCACUCAUGUUAUCCCCCGUCUUACUACGCAACAAGCUGCAAUGCACUACAAGAACGGAACAUAUUUUUCUGCUCUGUCCCGGCUUUAUCUACUUCUGAAUCGCUAUACGUGUAUUUUAUAUUUCUAUACUAUAAAAAAAGAGGUAGUAUACUGUUACAUGAGUGCCAAAGUAGAAGUGGAAAAACACAUUUCUAUUCUUAAAGUCCUUGUUAUGUUUUUUCCCCUCUGGCUUUCCAAACACUGUCAAUACACUAAAACCCCUAAACAGGGACCGUUUAUAUCUGUUGUUUUGUAGGACGUGGAACUACAGUAUAUCUUACUCAACAUAGAGAAACAGAAGCACAUUAUGCUACAUAUGUUACAAGCUGUCUAGGCCUUUUCAAUGCAGUGGAUGUUGCCUACAGUGGGUGAAUGCAGGAUGAGUUCAGUAGAUAGGGUCAGAAAACUGUGGAUCAAAGAAACAGUGUUUUAAAGUAUAAAGAUGCUAUUUCCAUAUGCACCAAGCAGAUCUCUGUUGCAUGCUUAUUUUCUGACUCUGUAUGAGCAGUAGACUCUAGGAUGCAGUACACGUCUGGUAUCAUUGUAAAGUUUAGUAUUAUGAUAUAAACUAUGUUAAUAUAUAAUUGUUGUAUGUUUUGAAAAGUCUCAUUCUGAAGAAAAGUUUCUAAUCAUUAAGGAAAAAAAGGUUUUGUUCCUGUUUUAUGUUCUGCUUAACUCAACUUUUAUGUCCAGAGAGAGAUGUCUAACCCUCUAUUGUGUUUUUUGUUUGUAAAUAUGUUUCAAAGAGAUGUUACAAAAAGAGAAGUUACUUGCAGAUUUUAUACUACGAACUGAAUGUGCUUUUACUACCGUAGACAGUUUGAACAUUUCUAUGUUUAGAUUACCCCUAAUAUAUAUAUAGAUAUAUAUAUACACACACACAUAUAUAUAUAAAUAUAUAAAACGUUUGGCUGAAUCUUUGGUAGCUUUGGUAUCAGCAAACCUUUAUGUAUUUCCACUAUUCAUCAAUUGUUUUCUACUAUUCAGUGUCAUGGAGAAUAUGCAGCACCUACUGUGCGUAAAACGGUUGAACCCCCUCUCGCCUUGGUCGUCUCAGGGCUGACUCCUGUAACAAACUGAAUUCAAAACCGAAUAAUGGUAUGAGGGUUUCACAGCCCUCAGUGGCUGAAACGUGUCUUUUCCUUCUUGCGUGUAUUGUGUGCAUGCGUGAGGUGAGGCCUGAUCUUAGCAUGAGAAAGAACCCCUGCAUGAUACAAAGACCCCCUCGGGUGUGGAGCAUGGAGUUUCCCCACCUUGUUGCGCAGAAUGAGACAAACCCGUCCGACGAGCAUCAUGCGCUUUUCUGCUCAUCAUCUCCUCCCACUCGCUGUCAUGUAGCCCAACCUGUUUGGAUAAAAAGCUGAAUUAUAAACAGACAAAUGUGUGUAAAAUGCUUCUGUUUGCUUUUUUGUUCACUGGUGCCAAACUGAGUCUUUUUGUUGCCAGUCCAGCACUGUUUUUUUCUUGAGAGGUUGGAGCACACAAAGCUACAACAGUGAGGUUUCAUAAAACUGCCAAAUUUAGGAAGGCUACAGCUCUUAACCCCUGAAUUAGUUACUUCACAUGUAGACUGGUGUUGCAGCUGUCACAUCCGGACCAAAAUGAGAUCUUUAAGGUUAAGAUAAAACUGAAUGUUUACAUGUCUCACAUUGAGAAUCUUUUAUCGGAGAAGAGGAAGAAAAAAACAACAACUUUGGACCCAUGACAGAGAUUAUCAAAUGUCAGGCCAGUCAGGGUACAGCACAACUACAGGCUACAAUUAGAGCCACAGGGAUGUUUGUAUGCGUUUCCUUUCACUGCCCCUGCUUUUGUUAACCUGAUUAUUCUUGUUCCUCUGUUUGUUGUGGUAUGAUGGAUACUGUGUAUAAAUAAAGUAUGAAAAAUAUGAA